AUAAACUUUGUUCUAAAAAAUUCCAAAUCUUCCCAAAAUCCUCUCCAAUGGCGGGUCUCUACGCCUCUCUCAGACCCCAACCGCCAUCUUCUUCUUCCUCUUCACAGCAAUCUUUCUUCUCGAAGGUUCUUCUCCUUCUAACAAUCCUUCCUCUAUCUUUGGCUGUUUUUGCUUUUUUUCUUCAAUGGCGUGGUGGUGGAGUUGACGAUCCAAUCUCUCGAUGGUCUCCUGAAGAGUCUCACAAGUUUCCUGGCAUGGACAGUUCUCCUUUAGCCACUGUUGCUCACUCUUCUCAGUCAUCAGACUGUUCUCUUCUUGCCCAUACCAAUACGCCGUCGUUCCCUUACUAUAAAGACUGGAAAUUUAAACUUCAUCCAGAUCUCAAACCCAAGAUAUGUAUUACAACCAGUACAUCUGGUGGCCUAGAGCAGAUUUUACCGUGGAUGUUCUAUCAUAAAGUAAUUGGGGUUACAUCAUUUUUGCUUUUUGUGGAAGGAAAGGCUGCAUCUCCUGAUGUUUCUAAAGUCCUUGAAUCCAUUCCCGGAGUAAAAGUAAUAUACAGAACUAGAAAGCUAGAGGAGCAACAAGCCAAAAGCCGGAUUUGGAAUGAAACGUGGCUGUCUAGUUUCUUUUAUAAACCUUGCAAUUACGAGCUCUUUGUGAAGCAAUCUCUUAAUAUGGAGAUGGCCAUAGUGAUGGCAAGGGACGCUGGUAUGGAUUGGAUAAUUCAUCUGGACACAGAUGAGUUAAUACACCCGGCCGGUGCUCGAGAGUAUUCUUUGAGGCAGUUGCUGCUUGACGUGCCUUCAAAUGUUGACAUGGUUAUCUUUCCUAACUAUGAGAGCAGUGUCGAACGAGAUGACAUCAAGGAUCCCUUUACAGAGGUGUCAAUGUUCAAGAAGAAUUAUGACCAUCUAAUGAAGGAUACAUAUUUUGGCAUGUAUAAAGAAGCAACCCGUGGCAAUCCAAAUUACUUUUUGACGUAUGGCAAUGGUAAAGCAGCUGCUCGAGUUCAGGACCAUCUUCGUCCCAAUGGGGCUCAUCGAUGGCAUAAUUACAUGAAAACUCCAAAGGAGAUUAAAUUGGAGGAGGCUGCUGUUCUGCAUUACACAUAUUCCAAGUUUUCUGACUUGACUUCAAGGCGAGAUAGAUGUGGUUGCAAGCCCACAAAGGAGGAUGUUAAGAGAUGCUUCAUGUUGGAAUUCGAUAGAUCUGCAUUUAUUAUUGCUUCAACUGCUACAGAGGAUGAGAUGUUAAACUGGUACCGUGAACAUGUGGUAUGGACUGACAAAGCGAUGAACCUGAAACUUUUGAGGAAAGGCAUUUUAACUCGUAUAUAUGCUCCCAUGGUUAUUGUCCAAGGUUUGAGGGAGAGUGGUGUUUUCAGUUCUAUUGUUUUGUCUGCUCAAGAAUCUCUAUCAAAGGACAAAUUCUUAGCAUCCUUUGAAAGUAACAGUUCAUCAAAGGCUGCUGCCUCGGAGUCACUUCCUUCAAGAAAGAUUGGUAGAAAUCAACAUUCUCAAGCUGCCAGGAGAGUUUUAGCGGAAAGUGGUUCCCUCUUUGAAUUUCAUGACGAAGCUGUUCCCCCACGGUCUCCCCCACGGCAUAGAUGCAGAUGUCAUAACUGAAGCGUAAUUGUUCUCCUUUCAUGGCUUCUGCUGCUUUCUUCUGUCAACUUGACGGAGUGGAUGAAUGACGAACAUCCGAUGUCUUCAUUUGUAUCAGUGUGUAAUAUAGCUAAAGAUGUAAGCUAGCAGAUUCAUGGGCAGGGGUUCUUUCUUGCUUCGGUUUUAUGGUUAUUCCCGAUCAUUACCCAAGCGGAGGUGUAGAUUUAUGUUGGUGGAAGUACAGAGAAAAAACAUACAGAUGUUGGAGUUGGGGUGGGGUGGAGAAUUGGAAGGACAUUCUUUUUUCCAGAGCUCCAUCUAUAUGAUAUGGAGAUGAGGGGUUAUUCUUAAUGUGUAUAGUAAUUCGACCUCUAACAUGUUUGAUUAUUUUCGAGGUUCUUAUCUUCUGAAUCACAUGCUGUUCACUGAGAUCAUUUCUUAAAUUGAAUGCUGAGUUUCGGAUCA